AUGGCUACUAUCAAAGCGGCCGAAGCAGCAGCAGACAUAACGACGACACCAGCUUCGACCUCGGAAGAGCCUCCUCCACCCUACAUCGCCUCCACCCUCCCCCCCAACCCAGGCUUCUGCGAACUCGCCUUCCGCGAGCGACACGAUAACAAGAUCGCCGGCGGCGGCAUGCGCGCGGCGCAGUACUUUGCGCCUUGCAAGGCGUGUGCGUUCCAAUGCGGCGACGAGAUCCCCGCGGUGUAUAAGCAGGGGUGGCUGGAUUGGGUUGAUCCCAGCGUGAACUUUAGGUGGGAGUCGCAUGUUGCUGUUGGUGCUGCCAGUGAGCUAAAGAAGGACCACGGGAAUGAGGAUGGGAGUGAGACGCCGGAGAUGUUGGGAUGUUGGAUUUGCUGGGAGUACGAACACGUGUGGAAGGAGCCUAUGGGGGUGGAGGAGUGGUAUAAGCAUAUGCGCAGGCAUUUCUUUGUCGAGGGCUAUAGGAUCUGUAAGGGGAAGACGGGAGCGAUGCAGCGACGGAGGAAUUGCGAGGUAGCAGGGCACUGCCCAAAGAUACACUCAUAG